GCGACCGCGCCUCGCGCCCUGCCACGCCAGCAGGCAAUCCCCUUGUCCGCCACUUUGCCUGCGUUUCACGUGCUCCCGCACCACUGGCGGCGUCUUGCACCCGCCGUCUCCGCCGCCCCCGGGCGAAUGGGAAAUGGAUCGGCCCUUCACGCCCUACGAGCUGGACUUGGCCAUCCGCGACUCCUCGCACGGCGCAGCCUCUGGCCUGGAUGCCAUUCUGAAUGAAUUUCUGCAGUGUCUGGGGCCCGUUGCCCGUGGGAGAUCUGGAACGAUGAUCAACAUCUGCCUUUCAGAUGGCUGUGUGCCGAUGUCCCGGAAGAAGGGGGACACAAUCCCUGUUCCCAAAUUUGGGAAGGAUCCCUUGCCGCACAGAGAGCUACAGACCGAUUACGUUGCUCUCUGCCUUGCUUGA